AAACAAAGUUCUCUUAGAUGAGACACUCAAUGAAAAAUAACAUCAACUGAAAGAAUUUUUCUUCUUAAAAAUCAAAUUAUCAUAUAUUAAACUUUUACACCAGUUUACCUCGAAUUUCACAUUAAACAUUAGGAAUUUUUGGUGUACCACAAGCUAAACAUAAAAAUACAAAAUUUCUGUUUAUUGUUUGUUAGUUUAUAUAAGAAUUAUGUCGCAUUGUCGCAUUUUGACCAUUGAUGAGAAAAAGGAACUGGAUGAAUGGCUAAAAGCGCACGAUUUGGAAUUGAAUAUUCACACUCGUCGAGAUCUAACCGAUGUGGUGCCGGUGGCAAGAAUCUUUAAGAAAAUUCAUCCGAAACUAGUCGAACUGCAUAAUUAUACACCACGAAAUAGUUUCUCCUUGAAGCUACAGAAUUGGGAGACUUUCAAUUUGAAGGUAUUACGCAAACUGGGCUUACAUAUCUCGAAACCGGCUCUCGUACAAUUGGCCAAUGGCAGUGCGGGAGCCAUAGAAUCGUUACUCUAUGAUCUAAUGGUAAUGAGAAGUGGUGGACUGCAUCCUAUCACAAAAGCGCGUUCCGUGAAAUCAAACCACACGAAUUCACAAAAAGAUCUGUCAUCUCCGAAACCGGAACCCCAGACAAUAUCUCUUACACAUGUUCCGAAACCGGCGAUCGUUGAGAAAUUGCCUCCCGAAGUCAUGAUCUUGGAUGUGGAGGAGUUGAUAAAUGGUAAAAUAGUUAAAGUACCCAAAAAACUUGUCGCCUAUGAGGAUUAUCUGGAUGCCUUACGAGAAUGUGAUGAGAAAGACAGGUUUAUCAAUUGUGUGAGCCAAAAAGCGGACUAUCUAGAGAGUUUAAUAACGGUGAAGCAGGAGAGAAUUGUUGAGUUAACUGAACAAUUGAGUAGACUAUCCGUUAGUAUUCUCUCCAUGCGAGCCGUGAACUCAAAUAACCAUGAAGAGAUUGAUGAGAAAUUGAGAAAUGCCAACGUGAAGAAGGAUCAAGCAACAUGUUUCCAUAAUAACCAUUCAAAAGAGACUUGUUAAAUAUCGUCAAAAUUGAAAUUUAUCAUCAGCACUUUUUAUCCCAGAAGUUCCAGUUUGAUGGAUAUAUAAUUUUUACCUAAAAUAUUAUCUUUGGACAUUAUGAAGUAACUUUAAAGAACAAAAUAAGCAUUAGACACUUUGAAUGAUUUAGUUGUGAAAUUGGAAAACUAAUAUUAACGUUUUAUUCUAUUGACCCAAAAAAAAAAAAUUACCAUUCUCGUUUUUUGCUCUUUGAUUUUUAAAAGAAAACGUUCAAAAUUAUUAAAGGGUUAGAUUAAAAUAGAGUUAGUAAUAUCUGCCAUACUUCAACUUCGUUCUAAAAAUUGUACUAAAAUUUCAGAAAUAAUGAAAUCAA